AUAUAUAGUUGGGCAGCAAUUCCAGUGGGAAAGAAGCACAAGUGCAGAGAUGGAGGAGUGUAAGCCCACUGAGAUCAGCAGCUCAAAGAUGUUUGGAGGGUACAACAAGAGAUACAAGCACUUCAGUCCUACGCUGGGCUGCUCCAUGACCUUCCACAUCUAUUUUCCUCCUUCUCCUUCCCCUUCCCCUUCCCACAAAUUCCCCGUUCUUUACUGGCUCUCUGGCCUUACCUGCACAGAUGAGAAUUUUAUAACCAAAUCAGGCGCUCAGCGUUCUGCAGCAAAGGAGGGUAUUGCUUUGAUUGCCCCUGAUACAUCUCCUAGAGGCUUGUCUAUUGAAGGAGAAGCAGAUAGCUGGGAUUUUGGUGUAGGUGCUGGAUUUUAUCUCAAUGCUACCCAGGAGAAAUGGAAGAACUGGCGUAUGUAUGAUUAUGUAGUCAAGGAGUUGCCCAAACUUCUGAAUGAAAAUUUUCCACAGCUUGAUACAUUGCGGGCAUCUAUAUCUGGUCACUCAAUGGGUGGACAUGGUGCUUUGACAAUCUACCUGAAAAACCUAGACAAAUAUAAGUCAGUAUCUGCCUUCGCACCAAUUGUGAAUCCUAUCAACUGCCCAUGGGGUCAGAAAGCUUUCUCAAAUUAUCUAGGUGGCAAUAAAGCUGACUGGGAGGAAUAUGAUGCCACUUGCCUAGUUAAGAAGUUUAAUGAUGUGUCAGCCACCAUUUUAAUUGAUCAGGGGGAGGAUGACAAAUUCUUGCAUGAUCAGCUACUACCACAUAAGUUUGCUGAGGCAUGCAGCAGUGCUAAAGUUCCACUUCUACUGCGUACCCAGCCCGGUUAUGAUCACUCAUACUAUUUCAUUUCUACCUUCAUAGACGAUCACAUCAGUCACCAUGCUCAAGCUGUUAAACUGCCUACACCACCAUGAAAGUUGUGCUUGUUAUGAAUCUAGAACCGAGAAAGCUUUAAGAACUUUGGAUAAUAUCUGCUUCUUUGCUCUUAUAUUUUGUUUCUUUGACGAUACAUGUUUCGGAGAAAUAUGUGUUAUCCAUGAUGUGCAGUUUAUGCCUUUUAAUAAUAACUUGUCUAAAUGGUGAAUUUCCUAA